AUGUUUGAGGAGAAGCUCAUCGUCGGCAUUGCCUCUGUCUGCUCUACCCUUGCCAUCGUGGCCUGUUUGGUCGUUGUACCGUCAUUGUACAACACCAUCAACGAGGUUCACGAUGAGGUGCUCGAUGGCGUCUCCGUGUUCCGUGUUGAGACCGACUCUGCCUGGACUGAGAUGAUGGACAUCCAGAUCACCGUCACCCCACCAUCAAAGCCCCGUACCAACCCCUUCAACUCGAUCUUCCGUCAGAAGAGACAGGACUUCUCUGGACUUCCAGCCUGGUGCCAGUGCGAGCCCGUCAAGCCAACCUGCCCACCUGGACCACCUGGACCACCUGGAGAGCCUGGACAGCCCGGCAAUCAUGCAGAAGGUGUUUCAGGAACACCUGGACCCCCUGGACCACCAGGAGAGGACAACACCGCCACCUACGCACCAAUCACCUGCCCACCACAAGACACCGGAUGCAUCAAGUGCCCUGCUGGACCCCCUGGACCAGCCGGACCCGACGGACCAGCUGGAAACGCCGGACCCGACGGACAGCCUGGAGCACCUGGAGCACCUGGACAGGAUGGACAGCCCGGCCCAGCUGGACCACCCGGAGAUGCUGGAGCUCCCGGAGCCCCAGGAAACGACGGACAACCUGGAGCCCCUGGACAAGACGGCACUCAAGGACGUGGACAGCCCGGAGCACCUGGACCAUCUGGAGCCCCAGGAGCCCCCGGAAACCCUGGAGCCAAUGGACAGCCAGGACAAGCUGGAGCUCCCGGACCACAGGGACCCGCUGGACAGCCUGGAGCCCCAGGAAACCCAGGAAGCGAUGGACAGCCCGGAGCUCCCGGAGGACCUGGACUCCCAGGAAACGAUGCCGCAUACUGCCCAUGCCCACCUCGCUCGGCUGUGUUCGUGUCUCGAUUCACUCACUAG